UGAUCAUCGAGAGUUAUUAUUAUUUCUACUUAACUAUAAUGGCAGCAAAUGAGAGCUUUAUAUGAAUAGGUAAUUAUAAGUAUUUGCUGUCUAAUAUGGAUAGGUUCGAGUACAACUCAAGUCCCUCUCGCGUCGCUUUCAGUAGCGGCACCACCAAAAAGAUUCCAGAAGAACUUUCGCGGGCAAAUGUAUCUAAACCUUUCCUCCUUAGCCCGCCUCAGCAUGUGAGCCAUAUCGACUUACUGAAGGGCGUUCUCGGCGAUGCUGUUUCCGGGGUGUUUGCCGAAGCCACAAUGCAUACUCCGGUCGAAGCGUUAUACGCUCGCAAUAUUAACCCCAUUAUUAACCUCUUUGCUCAAGAAGGGGUUAAAGCUCUUGCAGAAGUUGACAGUGAAAAGGGGGCUAAAGGCCGUGUGUACGCAGGAGAGUAACAUAGAUAAGGCAACAGAUAUAGCAGUGAGCAAUCCUUACUGGAACCCUCGGCCUAUCCCUAUCGAAAGGGACAUAAUAAGAGAGCUGAUACGACGAGCUUGGGCGGGGGAAGAAGCAAGGGCAGAUUUAUAAGAUAGGUCCUUACCUACCUAGCUCGACCUAUUUAAUCCCUAUCGAUCAUGUC